ACUGUCAUUUUUACAUUAGAUUUCGUUCAUUUCAUGAUUUCAUUCAUUCAUUCAAUAUUGACAAUUCAUGCGUGCGGAGUCGUAUGAUUUCUGUGUUUGUAAUUUAUAACAAAAAAUACCGGAAAAUAAUGCCACCGAGAACUGAAGUGCAUUAGAAAAUGGAGCAACAAUUUUCAUUGUCUUGGAAUAAUUUUCAUGGUAAUCUAAGCAAAGGAUUUGCCGGAUUGUUGGGGAAUGGCGAGUUUGUGGACGUGACUAUAGCUGUAGAAGGACAUUUGCUGCAGGCACACAAAGUGAUAUUGUCAAUAUGUUCGCCCUACUUCAAGAAAAUGUUUCAAUUGAACCCAUGUCAACAUCCAAUUGUGGUUCUACGGGAUGUGAGUCACAAAGCUAUGAAGGAUUUAUUGCAAUUUAUGUACCAUGGAGAGGUCAGCGUCAAAAGAGAAGAUCUCACUAGCUUUAUAGGAACAGCAGAAGUGCUACAGAUUAAAGGAUUAACAAACAAACAGACUGAUGAAGAAAAUGGUGAACAAGACCGAGAUUUACAAAAGCAUGGCACUGAAACACAGAAUAGCACAUCAGACAUAGACACCAGUGCCCCAGAACCAAUGAAUGUACCAUCUGCUGAAGAAACAUCACCAAACAAUGAGCUGGACUUAUUAAAACAAAGGCAAUUUAUAGAAAGACUACAAAGAUUUAGCAGCCUCAAGAGAAAAUCCGAAGAGUUUCUUCAAAAAAACUAUUUUACCCCAGACUUAUUUAACUAUGAUAAAAAACAAAAGAAAGACAAGCCAGCCAAUGACAAACAAAACAGUAAUAUGGUUCAAAAUAACUAUACAUCUCAGUAUAGACAAAUGUAUGAGGAUAAUGUAUUAGACGCUUCCACAAAGUACACACAUCAGAAACCAGAAGCAGUACCAAAUAAGACUAGUAAAGAAGAUAUUAUGGACUCUAGUAAUGCAGAACAAACAACUCCUAUUGACUGCACCACAGAAGUCAAAACUGAAUGUGAAGACAGUGACAUAGUGGUCACCGACCCAGCUAUAUGUACCACUCCUACAAGCUUUGAUGGCUCCAGAGAAAUACAAAAGGACCACUUAGAUUAUCCAACACCACAAGACAAUGCGCUCUCCUUAGUAGUGAACGGGACCGAAUCUCAGCUGCCGGUCCGCUACAAGUACAUAUUCAGUCGGAAGGGCCACAAGCAACUUGUUCAUAUGAACUUUGUUUACACUAAACACUCCACGUCUCACGGUAAGACCGCGUGGCGAUGCGUUCAAUACUUCUCCCUAAACCGAUGUCCUGCCACAGUGGAGACUAUAGACGCCAUGAUAUAUGCCACAAACCACCAGCAUAAUCACGAAGACUGCUAUGAGAAGUUAACUAAAAACCAUAUUUAUUAUGAGAUGAGCGAGUCGAAGUAGCAUGCUAGAGUGGAAUUCGGAUAGUAUUUGUAAAGGAGAAAUAAUACCUCGUGUUACUUUAAAUGUGUAAGGUGGCGAAGAGAAAUCAUGUAAGUAUGUAGGCCAAAAUCGCGGCCAUGUUGCAUGAAUGAACGAAUGAUAAGAGACCAAUAGGGGCUGAGCGGCAUAGCGCGCACCAAUGGCGUCGCGCGGUUUUGAGACACAGUCCAUCCGCAUUCCCAAGAGGAGGUAAAAAGUGUCCUGUCAUUGGUCAUACGUGAUUUCUAACGCUCUGCCAUGCCUUUUCUACCACCCCGCUCCAGUCGAGGACACCUACAUUUCAUUGAGCCCAGUGGAAGUGGAAUUAACGGAGAGUAUCAUAGGCUUGAUACCUACGUUGAAGCGGGAUGUGGGCUUAGAUCGGUUUCACCUACCCCUACUACGAAAAUAAGUAUUACUAGAUUAUGUAACGCGUUUUAAAAGGUGGAUAUUUUACUAAAUAUUCAAGCGAUUCGGGGAUUUUAUUUUUUAAUAGCUACAUAAACACAAAAAAAACUAAAUCGUGAUCUCAUUUCAGAGACCGACAGUAAAAAAAUAUACAAAUCGCAGAUCAUGUCUGCUAGACUAUUACUAGCCUAGCCUAGGUACUAAAAUUAUAACGAAUCAUGAAGUCAAGUUCAUUAAAAUUAAGCCUUAAAUAUUUAAAUUUAAGUAAAUUGUAAUGCAAAAGUUCCUAAACGGUUGGAUGUUGCGGCAAAAUUAUAGUUCCGUCUGCGUGUUUGAAUGUGUAAAUAAGCUUGGUUUAUCUUACUAGUCAAGAGUAUAGGUUAUUUAGUUCAGUAAUUUAAUUAUAAAAACUAAUAAUUAUCUAAUAAAUGAAUGGGAUCUGUCUGUACCUCGUACGAAGUAAUAAAGAAGCUAUUUUAUAACUAA